AUGUCUGCUGAUGCCAGUAACAAGGACGUCUCAAUUGCAGCAGGCAUAGCUGCGAUAGGAGUCGAGCUCCUCACUCAUCCACUCGACACGCUCAUUACUCGAUUACAAUCACCCACCUACGCGUCGACAUAUCAGCGUGUAAAUGGCGGUAUCAACCCAGCUCUCUACCGAGGGUUAUAUCAAGGCUUCGGCCCAACACUCAUCACGACCAUCCCCGCAUCAGUCGCCUUUUUCGCAAUCUACGAGACUAUGAAAUCAACGCUUCAACCUACCGAAGGCACUCAAUCGCCAAAAGCCCGCGAGCUUGCCACGUACGCGAUUAGCAGUGCAGUAGCGGAUUUGGUCGCCUGCGCCAUCACUAACCCCGCUGAAGUCCUGACGCAGAAUGCCCAGGUCGUGCAUGCUCAAUCCAGGCAUAGUCGUUCGCCACUGCUGUCGACGGUCAGGCAUUUUUCCAGGCAUCCGACUAAGCUCUGGGCCGGGUAUACGAUGCUGGCUGCUAGCCAUCUCCCCGGGACGAGUCUGACGUUCUUGUUGUAUGAGUAUCUCAAGACUGGUUGGUUUGAGGUCCCGCGGGAUUGCAGUGAGGUUACUACUCAUUUUAGGGGAGGACUUUACAGCGGCGCACUGGCUAGCGCGGUGGUUUCUCUGCUCUUCGUACCGGUUGAUGUAGUGAAAACGCGCAUGAGGCUUGCGGUUGGUACUCCCACCUAUGCUCGACUGCCCUUGAAGGCGGAUAUCCGCGCUAUACCUCCAGCAGUGAAGGCAGAGCGGGUAUCGUCUGCUAAUGCAAUGGCUAUUGCAAGGGGUAUAUUAGUGAAGGAGGGAAUACGAGGUCUCUUCAGGGGCGGGGCCCUGACGUGCCUCGCGGCUGGGCUGGGAGGUGGUUUGUUUCUUGGGUGUUACGAUGGUCUUAAGGUAUACUUUGGAGCGCAUGUAUAA